AUGUCUGAAUAUGAGACCUUGCAACAUAUCGCAAGUGACGUGGUGCACAGGGCCGAUGAGGCACGUGGGGGGGAUCCUGCCUUCGACGCGAUCGUCAAAGAGUACGUGGGCAACGCCCGAGCAAAGGCACUUGCCGAGACAGCUGAUGCCUCAAACUGCCAGAUUGGGUUUGUUAGGUUCGGGGUCUUGUUAGAGAGUAUCGCUACUGGCAAGGCUACAGCACAGCUACCAAGGCUGGCUACGACAUCAAAAAACUUUGUGGGAAGGCUGCUUUCUUGGAUCAUCAUAAACUUGAUGUUUGCCUUGUGCUUGCUGCCCUCUUCCUGGUAUCGGAUCAUCGCCCCGAUACGGAAGAGAGGACCGAAAGUAGUCGUUGACCCGAACAAGCUCAGACCAAUUUCUUAUGUUUCUGAUUUGGAAGGGGUUUUCGACUUAGUUUGGUUGGAUCUGUGUAGGCAGCGGUUGAUUGGUUACGCGGGCAUGGAGCAAGUAGGAGGCCAGAUGGACCCGGUGCUGGUGGCCAUUGGCCUCCUAACAACCUUGCAGUCUCGUUGCCAUGCAGGAUUGCCUAGCCAUGUGCUGAAGGCAGACCUUCACCAAGGCUACGACCUCGCGUGGAGAGAUGCAGUGAGGUUCCAUGCGUGGGAAGCUAACAUUAGAGGGAAUUGUUGGCUGGUUCUUGACUGUUCUCUGUCUGCCGACAGAGCUAGAGUUCGAUUGGGUCCCCUUCUUGGGCCGUUUUUCGUUUUGAUUAAUUAUGGGAUCAGGCAAGGAGGCCGUAGUGCAGUGCAGCUUUUUGGUGCCUUUGCUAAAGGCCUAACGGAUGCCGUGAAGCAAGUCAACGUGGGGGUGGGCAUUGGCCAUAGCGUAGCGGUGUGCCGCGCUGUGCUUCAAGACAGAGCCGGGAGCCUGAGUCCUUAUGAGGAACCCGAGUGGGAGGCUAUCAAAUCGGCCGCGGGCGCUUUUGAUCCAAUGGCACCGACGCAGGCAAUCAGAAAGCUUCUACCGCCAUCUGUUCCCAGGGAGGACGCGCUCCUGUUCCUUGACAUAGCAGCCCAACGGCGCUUGCUAAUUCUACAAUUUGUAGAUGAUGCCUUCGCUUUGCAGUCUACUUGUAGGGGUUUGUCCGAGGUUUGUAACUCGAUGUCGGCUUUUGCUCAGUUAUGGCGUCAUAGGUUUGCUUCAGGUAGCAAAGGGGCUGUGGCGAUGUGCGUGGGUGACACGUGGCCCGACUCAAUGCCUCUGCCCCUGCUUGAUGGUCAGCCUGUCAGAAUUGUGGAGCAGCUUGAGGUUUUGGGGAUGACUUUUGAUGUGAACCUUAGCUUUGAUGGCAUCUUGCAACGCUUGGGGCACCAGAUGCACGAUGUUUCCCGUAAGCUGAAUUAUUUUCAUUACAAGGCCAUCAAGGCGAUGCUUGGAAUGACCAACCUCUCGCUGGGAGACGGAGGAUAUGUCCAGCUCCUCACAUGGAUGGGGGACAGUUGGAGAUUGAGCUCCAAAGUGACACUCAGGAUCGUGACGACGCUGGCAAGGCUGCUCACCAUGCCGCCAAGUACGUUUUUGCACGGAGUCGUCCGAGCGGCGGCAGAGGUAACGGGGGAGACUUGGAUGAACACAGCGCGUGUGCUUGCAUUGGAGCUUGGAAUCCANNGAUCCCGUCGUGGGAGUCAUUGCCACAUGGGGUGGUGA